AAACUUGUAACAAAAGAAUUGAGAUUGCUUGCUUCUAACAACUGCAAAUUCUCCAUUUCACAUUAGAACAGCAAGCAAUCUAAUAUCUGAUUAUACCAUGCUUCUCCAUAGUACCUAUCAGUCCGACAGUUUCUUUCCCUCACACACACAAUUGUUAUCCUUAAAUCUGCUCAUUCCUUGUGUUCAUAAUCCAUAACAAUCCAACAACCCACCUAAAAUGGAGCUUUUUGCUUCCGAUCUCCACAAUGUCGGCAUCCCACCGCCUCCUACUCCGACCGACUUCAGCCAUCACCAUCGCCCCUCUAUCUUCCACACGUCUUUCUUCUGGGGAACCCACGCCCAGGUUCUGUUCUCGUGUUGGCCAGGACACAACAAGACCAUGUACGGAGUUGCAUUGGUGUUGGUCUUUUCCCUAUCUGUUAUUGUUGAGUGUCUAUAUCAUUGGGAAUUUGUUAAACCAGGACCGAACCGAAUUGGGUUAGGCCUGUUCAAGACGGGUAUACACACCAUUCGAGCCGGUCUAUCCUAUUUGGUCAUGUUAGCUGUAAUGUCCUUCAAUGGUGGUAUUUUUCUGGCGGCUGUAUUGGGCCAUGCUCUUGGAUUUUUGCUAUUUGCUAGUCGACUUUUUACCAAAUUUAGGAUGAAUUCUUCUUAA